CCAGCACCCUCGGAAUCACUUACUCUACUCGAUCAAUUCAUGGUAGUUUCCCGCCGUUGAUUUCUGCUGCUGUGAUCGCUGACAAUGAAGCACGCUGCGAAGAAGAAGAAGAAGAAGCGAUCGCGUCCCCCUAAGGCCCCUUGCAACAGCGCGACAAAUGACGAGCAGCGGGAGCAGCAGCAGCAGGAGCUACACCGACAGGAACAAGAACAACAAGAGCAAGGGAGAAUCCUAGAUUCCCUGGUGGAGGCUUUUGAUUCCGUCUCUCUAGCAGAAGCGGCGUCUGCAUACGAGCAAGCUGGUUUGAGACAAAGUAAAGUCUCUUGGCCAAGCGUGCGUCGUAUAUCAGCUUUGGCAUUUUCUUCAGCGAAAGUUGCAGAGAUGUCACAGCAAAAAUUAACGGCUGUUGUGACGGUGACGGAAAUGAUAUGGAGGACGAAGAGUGCGACGUGGAGGCCUGGGCUACGCUCAGCAAGGGGUUUAAGCAAGCAGGUGCCGGCCGUGCCCGAUCGGAACCGGAAGCUGAUGAAUGAGAAUCACCAUUCACCACUCCAAAAUCCUCGACCAAUCUCUUGUCAACAAUAAUAUCACAUCUCCAACUCCAAGGUUCUAGGGAUACAUUCUGAUACGUCGGUGAACUUCCUGGAGAUUGUGCAUCAACGGAGGAAGAUGAGGAAUUACUGUUCUUGAGCUAAAUCAUAUUGACCAACCUUUUUUCAUCGAUGAAUUAUUCGAGUAAUUUCAAUGAACUCUCAGGUGUGAG